AUGGCAUAUAAAUCACAAUGCUUUGCUUUCAUAUUGAUAUAUGCAUGUUUGGCAAUGUUCGUUCCUACGGGGCUAGCUCAGUUGCAACAAACACCUGGAUCACCUCAAAUACCCGGAUUGUCACAAAUAUCUGGAUUGUUGCCACAAAUAACUAGAUUGUUCCCAAACCUUGGAGCUGGGGGACUUUCAGGGGAAAAUGGGCAGUGUUUCUCAUCUCUUGUAGACAUACCAGGGUGUCUUACUCAAGUUUUUGGUUCACUUGUCAAUGGCCAAUUCAGCAUUAUAGGUUCCUCUUGUUGCAAUGCCAUCUCAAAGAUUGAGGGAAAUUGCUUGUCUAAUUUGUUCCCCUCCAAUCCCAUCUUUGCUCAUUUGCUCAAUAACUCUUGUGGUCAACCAUCUAAAGGAAACGUACAGGUCUCCGGAAUCACUGCCAGUAAGGCUGCUUUACCAGGGAUUUUACCGGGGAAUCAAGACGUACAGGAAUGCUAG